CAGCUCCAUAGCACGCGGUUCCGCCACACGUUUCCAGCGGUGUGAUAGUCUGACCGUGGCCGGCAGACUUGUCUCUAUUCUUCGCUACCGGGCCUGCUGUGCCUAGAGAAAACAUGGAAUUGUCUGCGACGACCGUCGUCGCUGUCCUCUCCGCUCUUUACUUUCUCUCCUCUGUAUUUGGCUUGGGGAAACGCAGCCUCAGGCCCAUACCCACCGUCGGCGGCCCGUCGCUGCCUCUCUUGCGCCUCGCCGGCUCGGUGCGCUUCUUGUUCAAGAGCGCACAGGUCCUGCAGGAGGGCUACGACAAGUUCAAGGGCAAGGCGUUCAAGCACUCAGAGUACUUCGGCUGGCACGUCUACGUCUCGGGGCCGCGCCUCACGGAGGAGCUGCGCAGGGCGCCAGAGGACCAGCUCUCCUGCUCCGAGGCGAUCAACGACUCGCUGCAGGUGGAAUACACCCUCAGCCCCGGCAUCCACCACGACUCGUACCACAUCCGCAUCGUGCGCACUCAGCUGACGCGCAACCUCGGGGCGCUCUUCUCUCAGCUGCGCGACGAGAUCGUCAACGCGUUCGCCGACCAGGUCCCUCUGAAGGGCGAUGGCGCCGAAUGGGUCCCCGUGAAGGGCAUGGACGCCGUGAUGGAAAUAGUGGUGCGGACUAGCAACCGUGUCUUCAUCGGUCUCCCGCUUUGCCGCGAUGCCGACUGGUGUGCGCUAAACAAGCAGUUUACGAUCGACUGUUUUCAGGGCGCCGCGAUCAUCAGUCUGUUUCCAAAGUUCCUGAAACCGAUAGCAGCGCGCUUCCUGACCAAUGUGCCGAAGAGCGUGCGCCGCGGGCAGCGGCAUCUCGAGCCCAUCAUCCUCGAGCGCUUCCGCAUGAUGGAGGAGCACGGGAGCGACUGGGCGGACAAGCCGAAUGACAUGCUGCAGUGGCUGAUGGACGACGCGCGCGGGGAGGCGCGGGGCGUCCGGCCGCUCGUGCUGCGCCUCUUGUCGGUCAACAUCGCCGCGAUCCACACCACGUCGAUAGCCUUCACGAACGCGCUCUACCUCCUCGCCGCGCACCCGGAAUUCGCGCCGCUGCUGCGCGCGGAGAUCGAGGGGGUCGUCGCGAAGGAGGGCUGGACGAAGGCCGCGAUGAACGACAUGCGCCGGCUGGACAGCUUCCUCAAGGAGACGCUGCGCUACACGGGGCUCGGCGCGAUCUCCCUCACCCGCAAGGCGCUCGCGGAUUACACCUUCGCCGACGGGACGUUCAUCCCGGCCGGCACGACCGUCUCCGCGCCCCUGCGCGCGACGCACUACGACGACGGCAUCUGGGCGCGCGCGGCGGUGUUCGACCCGUGGCGCUUCUCGACGCUCCGCGAGGCCGAGGGCGAGAGCGCAAAGCACCACAUGGUGAGCACGAGCACGGAAUACCUGGCGUUUGGACAUGGGCAGCACGCGUGCCCUGGCCGCUUUUUUGCGGCGAAUGAGAUGAAGGCGAUGCUCGCCCAUGUGUUGGUCACGUACGACGUCAAGAUGGAGCAGGAGGGCGUCGUCCCGCCGCCUACGUGGUUCGGGCCGAAUCUGGUGCCCAACUGGAAUGCAAAGGUGUUGUUCAGGACAAGACAGGCGUCGUAAUGCUGUCGGUAUCGAGAGCAGAAAUCGACUGGUAUAUACUCACCGAGUAUGUCAUGGUAGUAGUCACUGCAUAUGAUAAAUUAUUAUUUGCGCCCAU